UGGUUGCCUCCCGCAAGCGCCCCAACCAGGGCAGGGGAUGGAACCUGCAACCCAGGUAUGUGCCCUUAAUCGGGAAUUAAACCUGCAGCCCAUCUAGAGCGGGCUAUUUCUGUUGUUAUUGUUUAUUUUUUUAAUGGUAUUGUUAUGAUUGAUGCUGCUCCAGAGCAGCCCCGGAAUGUCCUCAAAGCCCUGGAAGGGGAGAACUCAAAGCCUGGUCAGGCCUCCCCUCCAUCCCAUCCCCCUCAGUCCCCCUGUGGAUUGUGACGUAGGCAGACCAAGGGUCUGGCCGGAAAUCCCCCUUCCUGUUGCAGAUAAGCCUGGAUCAGCCCAGCUGUACCCAAACCCUCCUCCCCACCUCCACCACCCAUUUCGCAGAAUCAAGCCCCCAAGAUGGAGAACCUGUCCACCAAGCCCCCUGUCCCACUCCCAUCACCUCCCUGCAUCCCCCAUUGCCCAGCCUGCUGUUCCCCAAGCUUCUGUCCAAGUCCUAGCCAUCCCUGCAGCAGGACGGCCCCAGCUACAGGAGGCAGGCGGCCAUCCCUGAGGGGGGGAGGCGAGAGGAGUGUAGCUCAGCCCCGCCCAGCCCCCUGCAACUCGACCUAGCUUCAACCCCCAGCUCUGACGUCUUGGAAAAUUCCCCCCUGUCCAGGCCCCCAGGGGAGGGGAUGCAUGGUAUGAAAUGGGGCUGAGACCCCCAGGUGGGGACAGAGGAACCCACCAGAGGUGAGCCAUCAUGAACUGGGGACUGGGGGUCUGGACUACUGGGUCUGAGGGAAAAGGGCUGAGGUCCCUCCUGGUCUGAGCAAAAAGGACACUGGAGGCCAAGAUUCCAGGGUCCUGGGGAAGAAGGGAGCAGAGGGCUGAACUGAGAGAAGCAAGGGCUGUGGCCCAGACUGCAGGGUCCCUACGUGUCCCCAGCUCACCCUGUGCCUUUCCGCCCCUGCCCAGAACAUUGACAACAAGCAUCCAUGGACUUGUGGAAGUGGGAUGAAGCAUCACCACAGGAAGUGCCCCUGGGAAACACACUGUCAAGGCUGGAAGGAGCUGAGCUCGGCUUCUGUUUCCCAGAAGGGGCACUCCAAGGGGACACACUGACAGAGACAUGCUGGGAAGGUCCCAUUCAGCUCUGGCAGUUCCUCCUGGAGCUGCUCCAAGACGAGGCGCGUAGCACCUGCAUCCGCUGGACCGGCAACAGCCUCGAGUUCCAACUGUGCGACCCCAAAGAGGUGGCGCGACUGUGGGGUGAGCGCAAGAGAAAACCCGGCAUGAAUUACGAGAAGCUGAGCCGAGGCCUGCGUUACUACUACCGCCGGGACAUCGUGCGAAAGAGCGGUGGGCGCAAGUACACGUACCGCUUUGGGGGCCGCGUGCCCGGCCUAGUUUAUCCAGACAACGCUGGGAUUAGGGUCCGACAGGGAGCAGCAACCCAAUAAAAAUAUA